UGUGUCUACAUGGGUUCUCUACAGAAACAAGACAGCAGAGCUCCAAGGGCUGGGAGGUAGUCUCAGUGCCCUGAACUCACUCUCCCCAGCCCUUCAUUUGGGUAGCUACGCUGACUUCUCUUCUGGACCCUAACUCAGACAACACUCACCAAACCCGCCGUGAAGACAGCAUUUCCAUUCUGUGUCACUGACCCGUCCGAGGGACCUCCGCCAUCAGUCACCAGCCCGCGACUGAGAAACGGAGAAUGGGGCUUUGGGCGUUGGCGAUCCUGACAGUUCCCACGUAUUUCACAGUGACAAAGAGCAGUAAACCAUUCUGGGGUCUGGAAAAUGAGGCUUUAAUUAUGAGAUGCCCCGCAAGCAGCGGUUCCCUUUAUCCCGUGGAAUGGUAUUACUUAAAUACAAAUGAAAGUAUUCCUACUCAAAAAAGGAAUCGGAUCUUUGUCUCAAGAGAUCGUCUGAAGUUCCUACCAGCCAGAGUGGAGGACUCUGGGAUUUAUGCUUGCAUUAUCAGAAGUCCCAACUUGAAUACGACUGGAUACAUGAAUGUCACCAUACACAGACAGCCACCAGACUGCAACAUUCCCGAUUAUUUGAUGUACUCAACAGUAGCUGGAUCAGAAAAAAACUCCAAGAUAACUUGUCCAACGAUUAGACUCUAUAACAGGACAGCACCUGUUCAGUGGUUUAAGAACUGCAGAGCCCUGCAAGGCCCGAGGUACAGGGCGCAUGGAGCAUACUUGUUCAUUAACAACGUGAGGCAGGAUGAUGAAGGAGAUUACACGUGUAAAUUCACGCACACUGAGAAUGGAACCACUUACGUUGUGACGGCAACCAGAUCAUUCACAGUGGAAGACAAAGGCUUUUCUGUGUUUCCAGUAAUUACUGCUCCUCCACACAACAAAACAAUAGAAGUGGAAAUGGGAAAAACAGUGAACAUCACCUGCUCAGCUUGCUUUGGUAAAGGCUCUCAGUUCUUGACUGAUGUCCUGUGGCAGAUUAAUAAAAGGAAUGUUAAAAAUUUUGGUGAAGAAAGAAUUCAAGAGGAGAAAGAACAAAAUCAAAGUUCCAGCAAUGACAUGGAUUGUUUAACCUCAGUGUUAAGAAUAACUGAUGUGACAGACAAGGAUUUGUCCCUGAAAUAUGACUGUAUGGCCCUGAACCAUCAUGGCAUCAUAAGGCACACUGUGAGACUGAGAAGAAAACAGACAACUGAUCAUCAAAGCACCUACUACAUAGUUGCGGGAUGUAGUGUAUUGCUAAUACUUGUCAAUGUCUUGGUGAUAGUCUUAAAAGUAUUCUGGAUUGAGAUUGCUCUGUUCUGGAGGGACAUAGCAACACCUUACAAAACUCAAAAUGAUGGCAAGAUCUAUGAUGCUUACGUCAUUUACCCACGGGCCUUCAGGGGCGGCUCAGCAGGAACCAGCUCUGUGGAAUAUUUUGUUCAUCACACUCUGCCCGAUGUUCUUGAAAAUAAAUGUGGCUACAAGUUAUGCAUUUAUGGGAGAGACCUGCUGCCCGGACAAGAUGCAGCCACUGUAGUGGAAAGCAGUAUCCAGAGCAGCAGAAGACAGAUGUUUGUCCUGGCCCCUCGCAUGAUGCACAGCAAAGAGUUUGCUUAUGAACAGGAGGUUGCCCUGCACAGCGCCCUCAUCCAGAACAACUCCAAGGUGAUUCUUAUUGAAAUGGAGCCUCUGGGUAAAGCCAGCCGACUGCAGGUUGGGGACCUUCAAGAUUCACUCCAGCACCUUGUGAAAAUGCAGGGGACCAUCAAGUGGAGGGAAGACCACGUGGCCAACAAGCAGUCUCUAAGCUCCAAAUUUUGGAAGCAUGUGAGGUACCAAAUGCCAGUGCCAAACAGACUCCCCAAGUUGGCAUCUGGUGCGGCUCCUCUGAGUGACAAGACAUGCUUGGACCUGAAACACUUCUGAGUUGUGGGCCUGACCAGCCAGAGCUGGGUGUGUCCCAGGAGCAGGCAGUGGAGUAGAGCUGUGAAGACUUGGAAUGUCAAGGGUCGCAGCCUCAGGUCCCAGCUAACAAACUAUGCUAGCUCAUUUUCCUAUUUGUGGAUGGGGCCAUACCUCCCUUCUCUGUGCUUUCCUUUGUCCAUGUCAUCCGUUUGUGGCACAACAUCAUCCCCUGUGCCUUUUUUUCCAUUUCUCUCUUUAUUCCUUCUUUUUAAUCCCCAUCAGUAAUCUACUUUCUGAGUAUCAAGCUGAUGUUCUUGCAUAGAAUUCUGAUUCAUUUCAAAGAGCAUUCUCAUGUCCAGAUGGAGAACACCAGUAGGAAAUCACAUUCCCAACACACCAGAAUUUCUGUCUUAUCUUUUUUGGCAGUUACACAGUUUUGUCAUGUCAAUAUCGCCAAAUUUGUUAGAAUACCUCGUCCAAAUCACCAUUAAAAUCAUGUUUUUUUUUUUCAGUUCUAAAUGUCUUUCAUCUGUUUUUAUUCUCUUUAGAAAUAUUUUCUCACUAAAAAAGUAAUAAAGGUAUAUUUGAAAACAGAAGGUAUGAAAGAAAAUAUAAUAAAAAGCAAUUAUAACCCUGUCAUCUUAAGAUUAAUUUUGGCAAGUAAGUCUGUAUUUUAGAAUAUGAUUAAAAUAUAUAUAUAUAUAUAUAUAUAUAUAUAUAUAUAUAUAUAUAUAUGAUUUGUAUAGCUGGGAUUGUACAAUACUGACUUUGCAUUUUUCCUAUUUCUCACCAUAAUGAAAAUCUGUGGCGCAUCACUGAGUUUCUUUAACAUCACAGAUAUUCAGAAUGUCUCAUCUUAGCUUGUGCUGCAAACUCCAGCUAAAGUGGCCACUAUGAGAAACAAGUCUGCCAUGCUACAUGAUCACAUCUUCUACCUAACAACUCAAAUACAUUUUUCACCAUGAGACAACUUACUUUUUGUGAUAUUUCUAUGACACGUGUAGGGAAUUUGGACAGAACAAUCUGUAGUCAAAGGUCCUCUGGAAAGUCUUCUUCAGGAGAACACACAUACUUCGGGGUCAUAGACACCCAGGAGUGGAUCCAGAGCCAAGGCAGAUAUCUUAUUGGUACCUCGAGUUAUGCUGAUGGAGAUGAGGCCUUCCUUAGUUGGGUUACUCACUAAGUGAUGGGAUUCCACACUGAAAUGACAAUGGAAACAGAAUAUAUAGACUCUUGAAAUGGAGAACAAUUUUGAACUCACAGUCAACAUAUAUUUCAGAGUCCUGGCUGCAGAGAAAUCAUAUACCCAGAAGUCUGUGUAAAGGAUCUAGAAACCCUUCUUUCUAGGGAUCCCAUACUCUUAAUCUGUAACCUUAAGUUGGCUUGCUAGGUAAACAUUUCAUAAAGUUCAAUUAUAAAGGCUGAAGUUUUAGCUGAAGAUGAUCUGGAAUUCAAAUUUACCCUGCAUCUAUGCUGUGGUUGCCCAUGCUAUAACCACUUGCCCUAUUGUAGUAGAGUGUUGUGUUCUUACAUAGCAUUAUCUACUUUUAUUGACUUGCCCAAAACUGACCCAUGAAAGGCAUGCUGUGUAUAUAACUAGUUCAUACAGUAGAAUGUGGGACCAGGAAGGAAUCCUUGCUUUGGAUAACCAGCUCCAUGACUGUGAGUAAGUUCCUUAAUGCCCUCUAUUAAAAGUUUUCUUAGCUCAGAUGAAAUGCAAUACCACACUAGAUUCUUUUGCUAAUAGAAAAUAGAAGAAUUUGGACUUCAGAAACAAUUCAGUAAAUACUCAUAUUUGGAAUUAUAAAAUCUCAUUGUAUACCAUGUGAGUUGACUGUAUUUCAUGAUUUAUCUUAAUGAAGACCUCUAAAAAUAAAAUUCUCUCCAGUCUCCUCUCUGGGAAUAGAUGAUUCAUUAUCCCUGCUACCUCACCCACCUAAAAUGACCCAAGAAAACUAUUGUUUGUUUCUUUUCAAGACUAUUCUGACAAUUUUAAACUAUUUGCAUUUUCAUAUAUACGUUUUAGAGACAUACUCUUAGUUUCUUAGAA